AUUGCUGCAGUCCUGGCAACAUAUAGGCAGAGAAAAUGUCUCUUCUAAGAUUACAAGCAGUAAACAUCAAACCAUAUGAUAAUUCCAUGCCAAUCAGAGAAUCAAGCAGAAAAUUAUGGAAUCAAGAAUGCUUCACUUUGACAUUUCCCAAACCACCUCAGCCAGGUAGAAAAAAGAGAUUAAGACCUUCAGAAUUACAAAUCACAGUUCCUAGAUAUGAUAAAAGAAAAUUGGAGGAAGUCCAUAAGCCAGCUCAUACAUGGAAAUGGCAUUUUUUAAGAAAAAGUUUCCAAAGGCCAUCCAAUUACUUCACUCUCAGGCAACAGGCUCCAUUUAGACAUCCCUAUACUCUUAAAGCCCAUCCUGAAAAAUUGAAAGAUGACAAUAAAAAAAUAACAUUUAAGAAAAAUUACAAGAAAAAUACUUGCCCACAUGAGACAACUAUAGAAUCCAAGGAAACAGGAAAUGAUAAAAAAUCUAAAAUAGCAAACAAAGAAGAUAAAACUCCAUCAAAAUCAUCACAUGCAAGUGAACUAUCUAAGAAGUCAAAGUACAAAUCUGGGACAAAUCCCAAAUCCAAAGAUUCUCAGACAGUCUUAAUGAUCCAUCCAAAAAAUAGUAGAGUUUUCAAAAAUUCCAAGGAUACAGAUACUGAACCCAUAUGUACAAAAAAGGAUUCUAAGAGCUCAAAGAACAAUUCUAAUGCCAAAUCUGAGGCUUGCUCAAAAAAUAAUUCCAAUAUGAAUUUAAUGCUAUAUUUAGAGGAGUCUGGUGAUGAAUCUAUGGAUUUUGAUAUGUGGUUAAAGAAUUACUCACAGAAUAAUUCAAAGAAGCCUUCAAAGAAAGAAUCAAAGAAAAGCUCUGAUGCUGAAUCUUCAGAUUCAAAAGAUGCAAAGAAGGAUAAAAAAGGUACAAAGAAAGGCAGCAAGAAGAAGAAGAAUGCAAAGGACACAGAGUCUACUGAUGCAGAAUCUGGGUCUGAAUUGGAGUCAAAAAAAAGUAAAGAUUCAAAGAAAAAUAAGAAAGCUUCAAAGAAAGAUGACAAGAAAAAGGAUAUCAAGAAGGAAGCAUUGUCAACUGAUGAUGAUCCUGAAUCUGAAUUGAUUUCAAAAAAGGGUGGAAAAGAUGAAAAAGAUAAUAAGAAAGGGUUAAAGAAAAGUGACAAAAAGAAGUCUGCAAUGAAGUCUGAAGAGUCUAGUGAAACUGAAUCUGAUUGGGAGUCAAAAAGGGAUAAGAAAGAUUCAAAGAAAGCUAAUAGAACUUCAAAGAAAGAUUCCAAGAGAAAGGAUGCAAUGAAAAACGUAGACUCUACUGAUGUUGAAUCUGAUGUGUCUUUCAAGAAAGACACAAAAAAGCCUGGAAUAAGCAAAAGUUCAGAUGCUGAAUCUGAAGAGUCAAUGUAUAAAGCUGGGUCUAAAAAGAAAGGAGUUUAUGAAUCAGAUGCAACAUCUACAGAUUCAAAGAAGGAAGCACUGGAAAGAAAAAGUUUUAAAACGUCAUUCAGAAGGACCACCUUUAAAGGAAGAGGAAAAAUCACAGUUACAGGUAGAGUUCCUCCAUCAAGAGAAAGUUCACUACCAUCUCCUUGUGAGCCUUUACAGCUAUCACCUAAGGUCAAACAUCUCUGUCGGUGCAAGUUGGAUCCUCCACAACCAAAAACAAGAUAUGCUCCUUUGCCUGAAGCAAAAUGGAUUCACAAGCUGCUUUAAAGAACAACUGAGCGCUUGGUUUCACAGAAUGGCCUUACCACAGUAAACCCCAGCUACUCUCAAAUGAGCAUUUAUACUUCUGUGGGACUGUAAUAAAUAAAAUCAAGUCUUCUGUGA